CUUGUGCUAAUCAAUCCCAAAAAUAUGGCCCUCAAUUACAUUGCAAUAUACAAAUUAAAAAAUUCUAUAAUGAUUAGUAGUGUCAAAUUCUAGUUCCUCCUACACAAUCCAUUUUCUUGGAGAAUAAUCAUUCCUUCAUUUUGAUGGAAUUGUUCCGACUAGAAAUGUGCUACCUAACUUUCAAUACUGUAAAUUCCUUCUCAUUCUUAUUCCAUCUUAUCAUCAUUUCAUUCAAUCAUACUAAAAGUAUAGCCUCAACAACAAUCAGGUCUUAUCCUAUAGGCAAAGUUGGCUACAUGGGUCAUAACGCCGUAGUAUAUCAGAAUGGAGGUUUGCAAAUUGUUUUCCUUUUGAGAGGCUAUGAAAUCAUAGAUGACAUCAAAGAAGAGCUUGAAAGACAAUGCCCUGGAGUUUCAUGUGCUGAUAUUCUCGCUUUAGCUGCUAGAGAUGCAGUUUUCUUUGCAGGGGGGCCAGUUUAUGACAUACCAAAGGGAAGAAAAGAUGGAACAAGGUCCAAAAUUGAGGAUACCAUUAAUCUGCCAUCUCCCAACUUCAAUGCUUCUGAUCUCAUCAAGAUGUUUGGCCAACAUGGCUUUUCAGCACAAGAGAUGGUGGCUCUCUCUGGGGCUCAUACAAUAGGAGUAGCUAGGUGUUCUUCUUUCAAGAACAGGCUAACAAAAGUGGAUCCAAAUUUGAACUCAGAAUUUGCAAAGACACUGUCCAGAACAUGCAGUGCCGGUGACAAUGCUGAGCAGCCCUUCGAUGAAACAAGGGAUGAUUUCGACAACUUGUACUUCGACGCUUUGGUCUCCGGCAAUGGGGUUCUCACAUCUGAUCAAACAUUGUUCACUAGUCCAAGAACUAGGAAUUUUGUCAACUCUUAUGCACAGAACCAAGCCUUGUUCUUCUUGGAUUUCCAACAAGCCAUGGUCAAAAUGAGCUUGCUUGAUAUCAAAGAAGGUUCCAAGGGUCAAGUUAGAGAUAACUGCCGCAAAAUAAAUUGAAUUGGAGGAUCUAGCUAUGCCUUAUUUAAAACAAAUAUAUGAUCUAUGUAUUUAUAUAUCUAUGGUUUGAUAAAUAUUACAUUAGCACUGAUGAACAUAAUUGACAAUUAUUAACAGUUAAUAUAGAAUUGAAUAAUUUCUCCAGAAA